AUGUUGCUCUGUGCUAAGUGUAAUUUGAAAUUCUCGGUUAAUACUCAGGACGUGAUUAAGUGCUCUAAGUGUGAACAAUAUGCUACGUGUACUCGCAUAAGAACAGUUGCCAAAUUGUCCAAUCUCGGUGCUCGGAAAGAAUCUUGGCAGUGCGAUACAUGUAACACCAAUACAGGAACUUCAGAGGACGAGCAAAAUUCAAUCCUCGAUGCAAUUAGUUUGCUCAAAGAAGAUUUCAACUCCAAAUUGGAUUCACAGGCCACGCAGUUGUCAAAAAUCACUAGUAUUGAAGCAUUGGUGACAAAAACAAAUAUUUCUAUCGAAAGUAUUCAAAAAUCGCUCGAAAAUGUGAAAUCCGACGUGAGGAAACUGCAAACCCAGUGUGCUAAUUUAAAGAAGCAGAAUUCUGACCUAUCUAGCGAUCUAUGGAGAGUGAAGCAAGAACUGAGAGACAUACAACAGUAUUCGCGUAGCAAGAAUUUGGAGUUCUUAGGAAUACCUCAAACUGAAGGGGAAGACGUUUAUGAAAUGCUUAAGACUGUCGCCGCAUGUAUUGGCCAACGUUACUCGAGAGCGGACAUAUCUGUUGCCCACCGAGUGCCUCUUACCAAGUCUAGCAAAUUGAAAUAUCCACCCAUAAUAGUUAGCUUUAUUUCAAAAACAACUCGAGCGGAAUGGCUGUCAGCUGGUAACAGAGGGAAACAGCAUCAACUAUUAGCGAAAGACUUACAUCCGACGAUGCCUCCUGAGAACGUCUACAUAAACGAGCACCUGACGCCUCACUAUAAGUUCGUGCUCUCAUACGGCAAGAUGAUGGUGAAGGAACGCAAGCUGCACAGAGCCAACGCACGCAACGGCAAGGUUUGGGUCAAAACUAGCGAGCAGAGUCCACCCGCAAGAGUCUGGUUUAUUGAGGACAUUGAUCACAUUAUUACACACAAGGCAAGAGUAGGAGACGACCGUAAGCAGUAA